CCUUAGUCAUUUACAUAUAUACCCUUCCUCACCACGCCCCAUAUGAACCGAGUUUCCUCACUCUUUCCCUCAUUUCCCAAAAUGCCCUUACAAGAAACCCAACCGCGUAAAGUAAAAAAAAAAAGAAGCUUAUUCAAUGGGGUUUCCUCGUCCGAAAUCGAAACAGAAAUCGCCACCGUCCAAACCCCCACCCCCGCUGGCAGCUGUCCGCCAGCAUCUUCCUCCUCACCGUGUCUCAACUCUCACGCGUCCCGCUUCAGUCAGUCUUCACCCAACCCCGACUAUGUAUACACACACACAUAUAUAUUUAUAUAUAUGCAUCUGGAACGAACUCGGUCAUGGUGUUCACACUGUCGUUCAGACUUCUUUAAUUGUCGUCUCUUCAAACCCUUUCACAUCUUACUGCGUUGAAUUCAAUUCAAUGGGUAUCUCGUCUUCCCCAUUUCCAGAUGACUCGUUCACUUCUUCUUUCUCGCCCACAUCCAAGAAGCGGCCCAGAACCGACACCUGGUUCGACGAUUCCGAUAAUGACCCGUCGCUUCAAGAAUUCCUGACCAAUUUGCUGGCUUCCGACAACCCGCCGGAAGAAAACCCCGCCCAGAAUGUUCCUUCGCCACCACAUCUUUCAAUCUCAGCCGCCGGAAACUACAUCGAAAGCAAUCGAGCAAUGCACGAGGCCGAUACCUACUUCGUUCAUUCAGGCAAUUCAUCGAACACCAAGAGGGCGCGCUCCCAUCCCCCAGACGAUUCAUCCGCCGCCGCGAGCGGCGGCGUCCACCGCCGACUGUGGGUGAAAAACCGGCCAAAUGCGUGGUGGGAGCAGGUCAACAGCCCCGAUUUCCCCGACGAGGAGUUCAAAAGGGCCUUCCGAAUGAGCAGAGCCACCUUCGACACAAUCUGCCACGAGCUCGAAUCUGCCGUCACCAAAAAGGACACUAUGCUUCGUCUAGCAAUCCCCGUUCCUCAGCGUGUCGCCGCCUGCAUAUGGCGGCUCUCUACCGGAGAAGCCCUCCGGGAGGUGGCCAAGCGUUUCGGCCUCGGAAUUUCCACCUGCCACAAACUAGUCCUCGAGGUCUGCACCGCAAUAAAAACCGUGCUAAUGCCUAAGCUCCUACAAUGGCCAGACGAAAACAAAUUAACCGAAAUAAAAAACAAAUUCGAAUCUUUCUCCGGCAUCCCAAAUAUCUGCGGAUCAAUGUACACCACCCACAUUCCGAUCAUAGCACCGAAAUCCAACUCAUCCGCGUACUUCAACAAGAAACACACCGAGAGGAAUCAAAAGACUUCUUAUUCAAUAACCCUUCAAGGGGUGGUGGACCCCACCGGCGUCUUCACCGACAUUUGCAUCGGAUGGCCAGGUUCGAUGACCGACCAACAAGUUCUCGAAAAAUCGGCUCUUUUCCAAAAGAGCGAUUUGAGUGGUGGUUCUUGGAUUGUGGGGAAUAAGGGGUAUUGUUUGUCCGACUGGGUUUUGGUUCCAUACUCGCACCAAAAUCUGACGUGGACGCAGCACGCGUUUAACGAGAGGAUCGAGGAUGUGCAGAGGGUGGCGAGGGAUUCGUUUAUGAGGUUGAAGGCCAGGUGGCGGUGCUUGCAGAAGAGGACCGAGAUGAAGCUCGAGGAUUUGCCGGUGGUUAUUGGAGCUUGUUGUGUGUUGAAUAACGUGUGCGAGAUGAGGAAUGAAGGGUUGGGCGAUGAGUUGAGGUUCGAGCUUUUCGAUGAUGAUGUGGCGGCCGUUGACAGUGGUGGUGUGGCUUCGAGCGGUACGGUGAACGGUAGAGAUCGGAUUGCGCAUAUGUUGUUGCAUCAUAGUUUUGCAGGCACUAAUUUCUCACAUUGAUUAGUGAUCUUAUUCUUUCAUUGCUUGGUAUACAGUUAUUUAUGUUAGAAGAGUAGGAAGUUAAUAGAUGAUGUAAUGUUAUAUAUAUAUAUAUAUAUAUAUAUAUA